AUGUUCAAGCUGAAGAAUAUGUUCAAAAGGAAGACUCCUCCGCCUCCUGUAGCACCAGAGAAACCCGGACAUCGAAGUUCCAGUGGUGAUUCUACUACUUUGGAGAUCUCUUUCCAGAAACAAUUGAACGUCUCUGAAAGGGGUGCUAAUGGCGAUGGUUCUGUCAGAGUGAUUGAUCGUGAGGCUGGAUCCACUAGCAGUAAUUCGGAGGAGCCAAGUUCGCAUCAUGUACAAAUAGUACAGGGGAAAGAUGGCACCAGUCAAGAAGAGAAUACAUAUGAUGAGAGUUCGGAUGCGACGACAACGCCGCAAGAGGAGCCAGAAGAUGUGUUUCCAGAGCAAACAGAGUUGAAGGAUUACACGUUGAUUCAAAAGAUCGGUGAGGGAGCGUUCUCCAAGGUAUACCGUGGUAUUCCCUCGACUUCCAAUUGUUCGAACGGAGCGUCUAGCGUGAUUGCUCAGCAGUACAAGGAGGUUGCCAUCAAAGUAAUUAUCAAACAGCAGUUACCUAAUACCAAUAAGAAGGGCGAUGAAAAGAAUGGUAAGACUUCGACUGCGGAGCAAGUGUUGAAGGAAAUUGCUAUUCAUAAGAUAGUUUCGUCUGGCGAGAACAUAGUUUCCUUUAUCGAUUUUCAGGAAUCGGAAAAAUAUUACUACAUCAUUCAAGAGUUAUUAGCCGGUGGUGAGAUCUUUGGGGAGAUUGUGAAAUAUACUUAUUUCAGCGAGGAUCUCUCACGUCACGUUAUCAGACAGCUGGCUAAUGCUGUGAAAUAUAUGCAUCAGUUAGGGAUUGUACAUCGUGAUAUCAAACCAGAGAAUCUAUUAUUUGAACCAAUCGAUUUCAUUCCAAACCCAAAGCCAAAACUAAGGAGUUCUGAUGAUCCGUCCACCAAGCUAGAUGAAGGUGUCUUUAGACCUGGAAUCGGUGGUGGUGGUAUCGGAGUGGUAAAACUUGCCGACUUUGGGUUGUCCAAACAAAUCUAUCAAACUAAUACAAAGACCCCUUGCGGGACUGUAGGAUACACUGCACCGGAGGUGGUAAAAGAUGAACGUUACUCGAUGCAAGUAGACAUGUGGGGCGUGGGAUGUGUGCUAUACACGGUGCUUUGUGGAUUCCCUCCAUUCUUUGAUGAAAAAAUUGAUGUUUUAACGGAAAAAAUAUCUAGAGGUGAAUACACUUUCCUAAGACCAUGGUGGGACCAAAUCAGUGACGGAGCCAAGAACUGCGUAAGGAAAUUGCUAGAAGUCGACCCGGCUAAACGUUACACAUCAGAACAAUUAUUACAAGAUCCGUGGUUGAAUUCGUACGAUUGUCUUCCAUCGGCUGACCAUUCCAAUGCACCAUCGACUGGUGAAAAGAGGAGACAUUCGCACAAGCAUUCAAGAAAGGCAUACAAGAAAAACGCAUCAUUAUUAUACUCACCUGCUGCCGUUGCAAUGCGUGACGCAUUUGACGUUUCAAAUGCUGUUCAACGUAUAGAAGAUGAUAAAAGAAUGACGCCUGGGCCUAAGAAUAACUACAACAACAACAAUUUGGGCGUACUAGCGGAAGAUGCAGAGGCAGAAAUCCAAUAUAGAGAACCGUUUACUUUGAAAUUGGACAGCAGUUCAAUCAUAAAACGUCGUCGUAACAACGUGUAG